UCUUAUUAUAUAGUUUCACUUCUCUUUCGCCGCAGGACUCGUCGGAGUUUUCAGGAGAAGAGAAGAAUGUCUCACAGGAAGUUUGAGCACCCAAGACAUGGUUCUCUUGGUUUCUUACCAAGGAAGAGAGCUAACCGUCACAGAGGAAAGGUGAAGGCUUUCCCCAAGGAUGAUCAAACCAAGCCUUGCAAGUUCACAGCUUUCUUGGGUUACAAAGCUGGUAUGACCCACAUUGUCAGAGAUGUUGAGAAGCCUGGAUCCAAGCUUCACAAGAAGGAGACGUGUGAGGCUGUUACCAUCAUUGAGACACCUGCUAUGGUUGUUGUUGGUGUUGUUGCUUAUGUGAAGACCCCGAGAGGUUUGAGGUCUUUGAACACUGUCUGGGCACAGCAUUUGAGUGAGGAGGUUAGGAGAAGGUUCUACAAGAACUGGGCUAAGUCUAAGAAGAAGGCUUUCACUGGCUACGCCAAGCAGUAUGAAUCUGAGGAUGGCAAGAAAGGUAUCCAGGCUCAGCUUGAGAAGAUGAAGAAAUACGGAACAGUUAUCCGUGUUUUGGCCCACACUCAGAUCAGGAAAUUGAAGGGAUUGAAGCAGAAGAAAGCUCACAUGAUGGAAAUCCAGAUCAAUGGUGGUACCAUUGCCCAGAAAGUUGACUUUGCCUACAGUUUCUUUGAGAAGCAGAUCCCAAUUGAUUUUCACUUCUCUUUCGCCGCAGGACUCGUCGGAGUUUUCAGGUUCGUCUCUCUUCUUCCACUCCAUUUUUGA